CCUAAUUGUUGUGAUAAACUUAUUAAAUAGAAAAGUUGAAUGGCAGAAGAGCUGAAUGUUGCGGCUAUAACGCAGUCGGCUGCAGCUACGGCACUUCAGCAACCAAAUGGAGAACUUGAAACUGCAGCUCAGCAGGAAAGGGCUGGAACACCAGUCGAGGACGAACCAUCUCAAACUGAUAAUGCGUUGGAUGAUGAUGAAGACGACAGUGACGAUGAGAAUGUGAAUGUUGUUAUUAAAAGUAAUGCUGCUACUGCUCCUCCCAUGGUUAUCGCUGCGCAACAAGUUGGAGCUGUAUCUACAAACAAUACGGGAAGCGGUGGAACAGUAUUCAAAGGAGGAGUUGGCCAACUUACUGGCAUUGGAACAAGAGCCGUUCAGCAGAAAACAGCAGGCGUAGAACUGGAUUCAAUCCCAACCGUUAAUGGCGUCUUGUUAACGGAGAUGGACCUGGAAGCCCUAGAAGAUAAACCAUGGAGACUUCCAGGUGCGGACUUAUCCGACUAUUUCAAUUACGGCUUCAACGAAGACACUUGGCUGCAGUAUUGUGAUCGCCAACGGAGGAUGAGAGCAGAUGCAGCAACGAGAGGAGCCGCAGUGAAUAACAAGCUAAUUCCAAUAACAGGAGAAUACAAAGCCCCCCAGAUGAUUCAAACAAUAUCCAGAAGUGACAAUUUCUCUGAAGAGCAGAAGAACUUUUUGGGACUUGCUGGAAAUGCCACGUCAGCGGUAACUGUGAGCGAAGCACCAACUAGUGGCAAUGCAAUCACCACUCUCGGUACAGCUAACAACACCAUCUCGAUUGGAUCAUUUCCAAAAAUAUCGAGUGAUCCAGGGGGAAUGCUUCCGCCUCCCUUCAUUCCCGGAAUGCCACCGAUGCCCCCAUUCGGACUACCUCCUUUUCCAGGGAUGCCAGGGGGACCAGUUGGAUUUCCAGGGAUGCCUCCAGGUUUCCCUAACUUCCCGCCAGCGGCUGCAAUUCCCAGUAAAGCUACUGUUGAUUUGGACAUAAUGGAAUUUAAAACUGAGCCGCUCUCCUCGCCUCCAGACGGAAACAGUCAGGAUGAUGACAUUCAAGUGACGAAAGAAUACAGACGCAAAGAUAGAGACAGAGAACACUCUCCAAGGGUCACUCGCGGUGCAUCAAAGAGGGAAAGAGAGAGUAAAAAGCGACACCACAGAGACCGUGAGAGGAGCGAAGAGCGAAGUGGAACUAAACGAAGGGGUAGACACAACAGUGAGGAGGAAAACGGGACAGGUGGAGCAGCAGGGAUCAAUGAUGAAAAGUCAGGUAGUUCACGCAGUUACAAGAGGUCAGCUAAGAAGCACAAGGACCAUCAUAGAGACAGAGAUAGAGACAGAAGUCGAUCGAGAGAUCGGACACCGACUAACGACGAGUAGAAAUCGUUGUCGGAUCGAAGUAUGAAUAAAAAGCGCAGGUCGUCCCAAGUCAACGAAAGCAGAGGAGAGUUGCGACCCUAGAAAUCCUAAGGCAUGGCAUUGUUUAUGUCCUAUGAUCUGGUCUUUAUAAACCGAAUUGAAUGAUUUUAUGAUUAUACAAGCUUAUUGCGUUUAUUGAUUAAAGAUCUCUUGUCGUUUGUUUUUGAGUUGUUUAUACUUAUGUUAUUUUUGGUUUUUUCAUCAAAAAAUCAGCAAUUACUCGAGAAA